AUGAGCGAGGGGGCUGCCGGCGCCGCGGCGCCCGGGGCGGCGGAGGCGGCGGCCGCGGCGGGGGGCCCGGGCGGGGAUGGGGCCGGGGGGCCGCCGCGGGAGCUGCGCUGCAGCGACUGCAUCGUCUGGAACCGGCAGCAGACGUGGCUGUGCGUGGUACCCCUCUUCAUCGGCUUCAUCGGUCUGGGGCUCAGCCUCAUGCUGCUCAAGUGGAUCGUGGUGGGCUCCGUCAAGGAGUACGUCCCCACCGAGCUGAUGGACGCCAAGGGCGUGGGGCAGGACCCCUUCUUCCUCUCCAAGCCCACCGCCCCCCCCCGCGGCGCGGAGACCACCGCCGCCGCCACGCCGCGGCCGCCCAGCCGCGUCAGCCCCCGCCUCACCACCAUGAGCCGGGCUCCCCCGCGGCCCCCCGGCACCCGCGGCCCCGCGCGGGGCGGCCCGCGGCCCACCGCGGCCAGGCACCCCGUGUCACCGCACACGGCACCGCCCGCCAGCGGCCCCCCCGGCACCGCCGGCCGCGCCGCCCGGCCGCCGCCCGCCGCCCCCAGCACCCCGCCGCUGCCCGCCUGGCCCACUGCGGCACACGCUACCUCCUCCUACAAGAUCUACGUCCACGACUCGGCGCCGUCCUGGACCUUGUCUCCCUUCCAGGAGUCCACCACCACCACGCCGGAGGCCAGCACGACCCCCAAAACCCACACUACAACGUAUUCCACAGAGCGAUCUGAGCACUUUAAGCCAUGCAAAGACAAGGACCUUGCGUAUUGUCUCAACGAAGGGGAAUGCUUUGUGAUCGAAACCUUAACGGGAUCCCACAAACACUGCCGGUGCAAAGAGGGCUACCAAGGAGUCCGCUGUGACCAAUUUUUGCCGAAAACCGACUCAAUCUUGUCAGAUCCAACAGACCAUUUAGGAAUUGAAUUCAUGGAGAGCGAGGAGGUGUACCAGCGCCAGGUGCUGUCCAUUGCCUGCAUCGUCUUCGGCAUCGUCGUGGUGGGCAUGCUUUGUGCGGCUUUCUACUUCAAAACAAAGAAACAAACAAAGCAAAUUCACGAACAGCUGAAGGAAACGCAGAAUAGGAAAACCUACAGCCUAAAUGCUUCCAGCAUGAUGGCAAAGUCGGAGUGUAUGGCACAAAGCCAAGUCCAGCUGCAAAAUUAUUCCAAACCAGAUAGGCAUCCGGGGCCUAUCCUGCACAAAGUUAUGGAGUCUAGUUUUUCAGGCCCUCAGUCUUUCCCAGAGGCCUUGUCUCCCGACAGAGGAGCCCAGCCCAUCAAGCCCCACAGAAGUCUCUCUUCAUGCUGCAGCCCAGGACAAAAAAGUGGGAUGCUCCAUAGAAAUGCCUUUCGGAGGACUCCUCCCUUGCCUCGGGGUAGGUUCAAUGGAAUUACAGGACCAGCAUAUCAACAGCUCGAAGAGUCCAGGAUCACAGACCAGGACACGAUACCUUGUCACGGGUAUUCAUCCAGUGGUUUAAAAACUCCUCAGAAUUCUUCAAUAAAUAUGCAACUGCCUUCAAGAGAGACCACCCCAUAUUUUAAUACCGUGGAUCAGAAGGACUUGGUCGGCUAUUCCUCUUCAAGGGCCAACUCCGUUCCCAUCAUCCCGUCUGUGGGCUUGGACGAAGCCUGCAUGCAAAUGCAAAAUGUUCCUGAAGUAACAGGCAUCAAAUGGUGCAAAAACUCCUAUUCUGCUGAACUUGUCCAUGUGAGUUCCCCAGUCAGUAAUUGUCUAAUAGCAGAACAACAGGAAGUGAAAAUACUGCUAGAAACUGUGCAGGAGCAGAUCCGGAUCCUGCGGGACGCGCGGCGGUCGGAGGACUUUGAGCUGGCGAGCGCGGAGGCGGCGAGCGGCGCGAGCGAGAACACGGCCUUCCUGCCCAUGAGCCCCCUGGCCAAGGCAGAGAGAGAGGCACAGUUUGUCUCAAAAAGUGAAACGCCGAGAGACUCGGGAUUGACCAAGUGACUCCGUCUGGGGGUUGUGGGAGGGGAAGCGAGAGGUCCGUGCAUUCGACGCUUUGCUAAACAGGAAGGGAGGAAGUUAAAUACAAAUUAUUUAUAUGCAUUAAUUUAAGAGCAUCUACUUAGAAGAAACCAAAUAGUCAACCGCCCUCAUAUCAUAGUGUUUUUUAACAAAAUAUUUUUUUAAGGGAAAAGUUCCAGGAGGGAUGAAGCGUGCUUUCAGAUGCUUUCUAGGCAGGAUUACGCAGUUCCAGUUACAGAGGGUUUUCCCGUGGUCCUGUUGGGCUGUCCGAAGGCUUAGGCUAUGCAUCUCUUUUUCAGUAAAGGCCAAGUACCGUUCUUGGGUGCAUUUCUGGUUUCGGGGCGGCACUGCAGUGAGCUGCUGGGCAGGGAUUCAGACCCCGGGGAACGCAUCCCGUGAGCCCAACACAGACCCAGUCCCCUCUCCCCCUCUGCUCUUGAUUCCAGGUCCAUGCCGCAAAAACAGGCGCACAGACGCCUGCUUCUGAGUUCUGGUACCUGCUGUGGAAUGAUGACAACGUCCCUGAAUUGAGCAGAUGCUUAACCCAACCUUAAUUCGAUGUGUCAGUCACCCCAAGAAAGUCAGUGGAAUAAUUUAUGAGCUGUGGGACUGGCCAAGAGCGGGGGCAGGAUUGGGGUCUGUGGAGAUUCAGGGGUCAGGAACCCACAGCUGCUCCAUCUUCUGAGCUUUGCCUUUCAGAGCUGCCUUGGUGGAGAGUGAGGAAGAACGAGAGAAAAUGUAGAAGUGUGUAUUACAACAGGUUUGGGUUUGGCUUCUGGUUUGGGUUUUUUUAAGUGGAAACAUAAACUCUGUUGUUCGUUAGCACUCCUCAACAUUUCUAAACUUUUACACGUUAAAGGCAUUUGUAAGCUCUCAAGGAGCACUUCUCAGUGUGUGUGCAUUUUUUUUUAAACUUAUUUUUUAUUAUGGCUUGUUCAGAGAAGAGUCAGGGAGAUCCAGUAUGAUCAAAAUCCAGCCAGUAAGUGUCCAUGCUGCCUAAUUUGUUCCUGUAUUCAAUUCUCUGGUCACUUUAAUUAAUUAUGGCUUAGGCUUGUGAACUCUAAAGCCUCAGCCCUGCAGCUGGCUCAGUAUGGGCAGACCCACAGGCACGCGGAGAUCUGACUCCAAUGGAGCUUUCUAAGAGCAGAUGGUUUCCACCAGGCCACUCCCUGCAGGGGAUCAAGGCCUUAGAGAGGAUGUGUCAUUCCCUGGUUGCCGUAGCCUAAUCACAUUAUCAGCCCUUUUUGCAUUAGCUUUCUUUUGAGUCCCUCUUUCCCCCCCAUAAAUUGUAGCAAAAUGUGCAGAUUUUGCAGUGAAUUGGGUUCAGGGACACACGUUACUGGGUUUAUUAGUGUUAAAAUAUCUGCUUAUUCUCGGGGGGAAAAAAUCAACUCGAAUAAAGAAGUGCUAAAUCGCCUUCCCUGGUUAUUGCCAGGAGAUUGAUUAAAAAAAUUGGAGUAUAUACAGAUUGUAUUAAAAUAUUCCUUUGAAGCAAAAUAAUUGUUAGGUUUAUUAAUGUGCCCCAGACUUUCUAGUUCACAAGUCCCAAGACUUCCCAAAAUAGCACAAUCAGUCAUGCAGUGCUGUUGUAUGUUGAGUCAGAAUAAAGCAAUAUCUUAACCUCUGUCAAGUAAAUUUGGAGAAGAAAUGCUGAAG